AUAUAUAUAUAAACUUCUAUCAUUGUUGCGUCCAUAAACAUCCCAAACACAUACACUAUUGCUUCCUUCGAAUUAUUGCGUCCGAAUAUCGGACGCAACAAUGUCAAUCCAUGUUUUUGUGGAUUUUUGCCAACGUUUGUGAAAAAUAUUAACAAGAACAGUCAACAAAGGUUCCUACAUUUCUAUUUCUUUAUAAAACUCAACGUCAUCUAGUGAUCUCUCUAUGAUUUUAUUGGAUUUUCUAUUUGGAAUUGGACGCAAUAAUAUUACUAAUAUGGAUGAAAAUGUAUAUUGUUAGUUCAUUGAUUUUCCGGCAGAGUACCAAAUAUUGUAUACACACUUAAGUAUAUAUUUUAGAAACGUAAUAUGUUGUUGCGUCCGAGAUAUGGCAACACUGCUCUCUAUUUUUAGACCCAAAAUAUUGUGUUUUAACGUUUCUUGUGCUUGUGAGAUCGUGUUAUUCUAAGACAUUGUUGCUUCCAGUGUGCUAAUAUGACAAGGCGCAUUGAUAAAAUAUUUAGUAACUUGAGUUUUGAUACUGAAGAAGGUAAGUAUUUUUAUAAUAUAUAUGAAAUUAUUACAUUCGUGAUUUUCUUAUGACUUUUGUCUUUAUAAAAAUUUUCAGUUACCUCCAAUUACUAAUAAUUAUUGGUAUUGUCACUCAUUGUCUUUUAGUGAGUAAAAGUGAUAGUUUUGAAAUUUUGCAAUUUAAUUUAAUUUUGUAGCUACUGAAAAACAUGUUGUCAUGUGUUAAUUUUUCUACAAAUAUUUUUCAAAUUCAAAAUAGGUAAAACGCCUUCUCCUUCAUUUUGUAUUUUGUAUUCCCAAACAAAACUAAUAAUUUCUCCAUUAUCCAAACGUUUUUUUGCUUUUUAUAUUUUAGUCAGAACUGAAUAUUACCUCAAACAAAAUAUUUGAAUAUGAUAAAAUUCAAAUGAAUACAGAGUCAUCUCCAUGUACACCGGAAGAUCCUUUUAAUGCUUCGUCAAGUGAAGAUUCUCUAUAUUGUCCUAGUAGUGACGAAGAUAGCUGCUCAGAUGUUGAUGAGAAUCCAGCACCGAAGAAGACUAAGAAACCUAAUAUAAACAAAAGCUCAACCCAGAUGAAGAUUACUACUGAUUAUGUUAAUUCGCCCUCUAUUGGAGUGUAUGAUACAGCUAAAGAUAACGAAUACGAUUUAAAUGUACCGAAUACUUCAAGCAGUAGACAGUUGAUUACUACUAAAACGAUGGAUAAAGACCAAGAUUUAUGUAACAAUUCAAGGUUACCGAGUACUUUAAGUUGUACAAAACCAAUUAAAACACCAUAUAAGAGUAAACCGGAUCAUUGUGAUUAUUGCGAAACUAAGGUUCUAAAUUUCGGCCGCCAUGUGAUACGGAACCAUUCAAACGAAAUAGAUGUAACAAGAAUUUUAGCAAAGCCCGUUAAAAGUAAAGAAAGAAAAGAGCUAUUCAAUGACCUUAGAAGAAAGGGAAAUUAUUUGGCCGACGGUGGCACUUGUUUUAAGCCUGUUAGGGAGGGUUAUGUACCAGAGAGAGAUAAAGUACCUUGUAACAACUGUUUAGGGUAUUUUUCCUCGAAACUUUUAUACAGACAUAAGAAAAAAUGUGUAAAGAGAGAUUCUGGUAGCUCUCAAAAUAGCAAACAGUUAAAACUAUUCCAUAAUGCCAAAGUAGAUCAACGACUGAAAGAGGAAUUCGCGCAUAUGAGAGCGGACAAGUUGUCUUUGGAAGCUCAAAAAGAUCCACUUAUUUGCGAGUUCGGAGCUAAGUACUUAAAAACGCACCGUGAAAAACAUUUUAUUUACGUAACAUCACGCAAAAUGAGAGAACUUUCUAAAAUCCUUUUGGAAAUAAGAAAGUUGGAUCCAUCCAUAACCACAUUCAUUUCAGCUUUGAAGCCAAAGUAUUUCGACAUUUUCGUGGAAGCCACAAAACGAAUUGCUAAAUAUGAUUCGGAACGAGAUGUUUAUCUGUCUCCAACUUUCGCCAUGAAUAUUGUUACGUCUUUGAAACAGUGUUGCGAUAUUGCAAUUACUUUUAUUUACACUAAAAAUAAAGGUACCACUUUAUCUACUGCGGAAAUAGAGGCGGACUUGAAAACGUUGAUUCGUCUUUUUGAAACUAAUUGGAGUUGUGAGAUUUCUUCACAUGCCAGUUACAACCUUAAUCUUAACAAAUGGAACAAAGUAACCAUUGUACCUCUUGCCAGUGAUUUGCGUUUAUUAAGGAAUCAUCUCAUCGACUUAUCUGGAGAAUCUUUAAGAGUCCUAAUUAAAGGAGCUGAGGAUAUGAAAUAUAUCAUAGAAGAUGAUAUCGACCAUCAGCAAUAUCAAAAAAAGUCUGAUACAAUUCAAGCAUUUAAUAAUCUGACAUACAAGACAAUAUCAAAAAAAUGUUAGAAGUUAGACACCAUUUUGUGACCAUAAAUAACCCAUAUCUUUUCGCAAUGGCGAAUUCAAAUUCACAUUUGAUAGGUUAUAAAGUGUUAGCCAAACAUGCUAAAUUAUGUGGAGCACAAAACCCAUCAUCAAUUACGUCAACCCGACUGCGCAAACAUCUUGCAACUUUAUCGCAAUUAUUCAACUUAUCAGAUGGGGAAAUAGAACAGUUGGCGACAUUUAUGGGACACACAAGUGGUGUUCACAGAAAUUCCUAUCGACUACCCGAUGAUGUUUAUCAAACGGCGAAGAUAUCUAAACUGUUGAUGGUAAUGGAAAAAGGCGGAGCAGAUCAAUAUAAAGGAAAA